AGUCUCAUUGCGGUUUGUCGAACCACCAAAAGCGACUGUUCUUUUCCACGUCUGAGAUCGGACCAUUUUUAAGGAAAAAAUGGCAAAUUAUCCUCAUCCAGAGCUGGUGGAAUUCAAACUUUCCACCAACGAGGUAGUCGAGUGCAAGCCGGACGUCUUCGUGCUGAAACUGGAGCUGGACACGCUGGGGGAGAACCUGAGCCUGAAGACAGACAGCGACCCCAAGAUGAUCGUGACGGAGUCUAAGGACCAGAACGACUCAAUCUCUAUGAACGUGAUGAUGAUGCUGGAUCACACAGCUAUCGACACAAACAGUUCCCUAGACGAGUUUGACGAGGAUGACAUCAGUUACUCUCUUACUAUGGCAGGACAGGCCAAUACUUUGGGAGAACUUGAAUCUGUAGUAGGAACGUGUGAAGAGAUCGAGUCGAUUCUGCACAGGGAGCUGGAAGUGGUCAGAACUUCCAACAAGGAAAUCAGCUCCAAGUUGAAAACCGACGUUGUGAGCCUGCAACAACAGCUGCAAACGCUGCAGGAGAACGUCAACAACUUGACAGCAGAGAGGAAUGAGUUCCAGCAGGAGAUCAAGACCCUCAGACAAAAAUGCAACGACAAUGAAGGCAGGUAUAAAACCGAGCUGGAGAACCUGAAGAAGGAGCUUCAGAACCAGGCGGCGCUGAACGAUCAGCUGCAUGUAAAGAUAAAAGAGAUCAACGACAAGGCCAUUCAAAUCGAGGUGGAAGUCAAGCGGAAGAAAAAGAAGGGUCUCUGUGCCUGUCUGAGCUAGAAAUGGAAAUGAAAGGAACUAUAUCACAGGCUGCAUUUGGGACUGGGAUUUUUUUGUUUCAUAAUCUUUACUAGAUUAGAUAGAAAUAUUUCUAAAAUGUAUAUUUUCUGUGUGUGUUUGUGUAAGUGUCUGGGUUUGUGUGUGAUGGAGUGACAGAGACUGUGAAAGACCCCAUAUUUAAAAAUACUUGGUAGCAUUGUUAGCAUAGCAGCAUGCUAGCAUGGGUUUUCCCGGGGACCCGGGAUUCACCCACCUAGACCAAAGAUAUGUCUUUCCAGUUAAUAGAGUGUGUGUUUGUGUGUGUGUGUGUGUGCAUGAGUGAGUGUUGGUGUGAAUGUUUCCUCUCUGCAGAGUCGCCACCUUGUCGUGGUGGAGAGGCUUGCGUGCACCUAAGAUCGUGACAGCGAUGAGUUAUUUAGCAAAACUCCAGGUACUUUCACUCUGAGCAGAAACAAGGUGCCAAACAAAGAGCGACUCAAAAGAGACUCCUGCAGGCUGCCGGAGAAACUACGACAAGCUGUUUAUGUUCAAAACCUCUGCUCCUUAUCUCCCUUCAUCCAUCUGAUGGUGGCUGCAGGCUUGCUGCUCAUGGCGGUGCAGGUCAUCUCCGU